CACGAGUUCAGUUCAAUAUCAUUCUGUCGCCAUCAUGAGAGAUGUUGCCGGGUACCUCAAACAGCAGCAGAGCAACAGCACAACACCGGAGAUGGCGACGGAGUGGCACACACUGGAGGAGUUGCACAACAAAAGGUUGUGGCAUCAGCUGACACUGAGAUUGACAGACUUCGUUAAAGAUCCUUGUUUCAAAAACGGAGAUGGCCUUAUACAGCUUUAUGAAAACUUCAUCAGUGACUUUGAACACAGAAUCAAUCCUUUGUCCCUCAUGGAGAUAAUUCUCUAUGUUGCCAGACAGAUGACGGAUCCCAAAGAUGCCAUCACUUUUCUUGAGAAGACCAAGGAAAAAGUGAAAAGCAGUGAAGAAGCUGUCAUUCUCUGCAAGACAUCCAUCGGCAGUCUCAAGCUUGAAAUCAAUGAUCUGCCAGCAACAAAGAAACUAAUUGAGGAGGUGGAGGAAAUGUUGAAUAAUUUGCCAGGUGUUACAUCGGUGCAUGGCAGGUUUUAUGACCUCUCAAGCAAAUAUUAUCGCAUCAUUGGGAACCACGCCUCCUAUUACAAGGAUGCUCUGAGAUACCUUGGUUGUGUGGACAUCAAAGACCUUCCAGAGACAGAGAAGCAGGAAAGAGCCUUCACAUUGGGAUUGGCCGGUCUUUUGGGAGAAGGCGUUUACAACUUUGGCGAACUGUUGAUGCACCCUGUGCUGGAGUCUCUGAGAAACACAGACAAACAGUGGCUCAUUGACACACUGUAUGCUUUCAAUGGAGGCAAUGUAGAAAAAUUCCAGGGCUUCAAGUCUGCAUGGGGCCAACAGCCUGACCUUGCAGCACAUGAAGCCAAACUGAUGCAGAAGAUCCAGCUCCUCUGUGUGAUGGAGAUGACUUUCACACGUCCAGCAAACCACCGACAGCUGACCUUCACUGAAAUUGCUCAGAGUGCCAAAAUCCCUGUUAAUGAGGUUGAACUUCUGGUGAUGAAGGCUCUGUCUGUUGGCCUCAUUAAAGGCAACAUUGAUGAGGUGGACAAGAAGGUGCAGAUGACUUGGGUGCAGCCUAGAGUGUUGGACUUGCAGCAGAUCAAAGGUAUGAAGGAGCGUUUGGACUUCUGGUGUGGAGACGUAAAGAACAUGGCCAUGCUAGUGGAACAACAAGCCCACGACAUCCUCACCUAAGAUGGUUACCCUCCUCAAUUAAUACCACAUCCCUGUAUGACCAGUAAUUCCUGUUCUUUUUUUUCUGUUGGACUGCAUCCUUUGUUACUGCCGCAUAAUUAAAAAAAAAAAAAAAAAACCUUGCUCUUAAUAUUAUCACAGUAUGGGCAAACUGUCCAUAACCUAAAUAAAAUCCACUUCGUCUAUGCUAAUUACUUCUGUAACUCAGGUGUGUACACCCUUUUGCACAUGGGCCCUACGAAUUAGACCAUAAAGAACAUAAUCUAAUAUUCUGGUUCCUUUUUUCAACCAAAAUCACAUCAGAUUGAAGUGGGAGAUAUAAGAUUGACAGACAAGUGGAGAUACACAGUCAGUCAAUCAAUGAAUAAAUCCAUGAUCUACAGGGUUCCAUUUAGAUUCACCCAAGAGAUCCACAAAGAUCUAUGACUGCAUCCCCAUCAAGCACCUUUGGUAUUAUCAAGAACAGAGAUUAGACCUGCCCUCUUGUCCAACAUAAGUGACCUCUGACCACAUAAAUGUUGUUCUGGAUACGGGACAAAAAUUCACACACAUCCUGUAGAAAGUCUUAGCACUUGUGUGGAAAGUGUUAAAAGCUGCACAGAGAACUAAAAAUGUGGCACUGCUUUCACUUGGAAAGAAUGUAAAACAAACCAGUGUCGGACUAUGCAUUUGGUACCUGAGCCCUCAAUGGUGACUUAGCCAACGUAAUCAACUUUUUAAUACCACUAUCAUGUCGCAUUUUAAGAAAACAUCCAUGCUACUGUAUACACGCACUGUGUGUAGGGCCUCAUGCUCCAUGAGGGUCCACAUUUUGCACGAGGGGAUGCAUUUGCGUACACAGUGGAACCUCGAUAGAACAGACCAACGGGUGUGGGUGUCAUCCGAUAUAGCUGAUUGUCCAUUACAUUGAACAACUUUUUCUUAGGCCAUAUGCACCCAUAUUACUUCACAAUACAAAAUUAUUGUUUUUGAGGGGUUUUUCUGUGGCUUAAAACGGCCAGUACGGUACAACGUUAUUGUAAAUAUAAAAAAAAAAGCUUUGUUUGAAAGUUUCACAUUUUAUCCAAACUUACCACACUGGUGUGUUUGGUCAUGGGGACAUUGUUGACGUACAGUGCCCGUCAUAGGCGAGUCGCUUUCAUGAGCCGUGAGGAAUUAGUGUGCUUAAUUAGUGUGCUUCCUAGUUCCAAAUAUGUUGCAAAAGGUGAACGGCUUGACAAAAUAAAACUGUUACUGUACCAAAAAUAG